AUGAUCCGGUUCCGGAGCUCCAGCAUCAGGUCGCUGAGCGCGGAGAUGAAAUGCACCGUGCGGCUGCUGGACGACUCCGAGAUCUCCUGCCACAUCCAGAGGGAAACCAAAGGUCAGUUUCUUAUAGAUCACAUCUGCAACUAUUACAGCUUGCUGGAAAAAGACUAUUUUGGCAUUCGAUAUGUUGACCCUGAGAAGCAGAGGCACUGGCUUGAGCCCAACAAGUCCAUCUUCAAGCAAAUGAAAUCUCAUCCACCAUAUACCAUGUGCUUUAGAGUGAAAUUCUAUCCACACGAGCCCUUGAAGAUUAAAGAAGAACUCACCAGAUACCUCUUAUAUCUACAAAUAAAAAGGGACAUUUUCCAUGGCCGUUUGCUGUGUUCCUUUUCUGAUGCUGCCUACUUGGGUGCCUGUAUUGUCCAAGCUGAGCUUGGUGAUUAUGAUCCUGAUGAACACCCAGAGAAUUACAUCAACGACUUUAAGAUUUUUCCCAAGCAGUCACAAAAGCUUGAGAAGAAAAUAGCUGAAAUGCAUAAAAAUGAAUUCAGAGGUCAGAGCCCAGCUGUUGCUGAAUUUAACUUGCUUCUCAAAGCAAAUUCUUUGGAAACUUAUGGUGUUGAUCCUCACCCUUGCAAGGACUCAUUUGGGACAACUACAUUUUUAGGAUUCACAGCUGCAGGAUUUGUAGUUUUCCAGGGGAAUAAAAGAAUUCAUUUAUUAAAGUGGUGUGAUGUCUAUAAACUGAAAUUUGAAGGGAAGACAUUUUAUGUGUUUGGAGCUCAGAAAGAGAAGAAGGCUGUGCUGUCAUUCCAUACCUCUACACCAGCAGCCUGCAAGCAUCUUUGGAAGUGUGGGGUGGAGAACCAGGCUUUUUACAAGUAUGCAAAGUCCAGUCAGAUCAAGACAAUGUCCAGCAGCAAGAUAUUUUUUAAAGGCAGUAGAUUUCGAUAUAGUGGAAAAGUAGCCAAAGAGGUUGUGGAGGCAAGCUCUAAAAUCCAGAGGGAACCUCCUGAAGUUCACAGAACCAGCAUUACCCAGAGCCGCAGCUCUCCCUCCUUGAACAAGCAACUCAUAAUCAACAUGGAACCUCUGCAGCCUCUGCUUCCUUCUCCCUGUGAGGAGGAAGAGGUUCCUUUAGAUGAAGGUAUCCAACUGCCAAAGGAAGAGGAGAUUUCAGUACCUGUGACUUCAAGCUCUCCAGUAAAGGAUACUGGGAAGGAUGUUGAUCUCGGCAUUGAACAGGAAGAGAAGAUGAAAGAGGAGCCCUUAACCAUCUCAGAGCUGGUAUACAAUCCAAGUGCCAGCUUGCUGCCCACACCGGUGGAUGAUGAGAUUGACAUGCUUUUUGAUACCUGUCCAAGAGCAGAGAAUGAGAAAGAUGACACCGAUUCAUUUGAGGAACUUGAAGCAGAUGAAAACGCAUUUUUAAUUGCAGAGGAGGAAGAACUGAAAGAAGCUCGGAGAGCCCUGAGGUGGAGCUAUGACUUUCUAAUGGGCAACAUAGAGGUGAAUGCUUUUGUGAAGAGUUUCUCCAGACUUCUUCUUGUAGGUCUUGGACUUUUGUUGUUUGUGUUCCCCCUUUUCCUUGUUCUCUUGGAGUCGGACCUUCAAAUCUCUUUCCUUCAUGAAAUCCGCCAGACGCCGGAGUUCCAGCAGUUUCAUGUUGAAUAUUACUGCCCCCUUAGGCAGUGGAUGGCUUGCAAAAUAAACUUCAUCCGUGAUAUGCUGGGCAGCUUUUAAAUUUUACAAG